AACAACAUGAACGAGGAGCAGAAUAGUCCAGAAGAAUCGUAUGAGAGUGCUAAUGAUGAAUUUUCGCAAGUCGAAGCGGAAGCAGAAAAUCCUUUGAUGGCGUGUAGCAGAAAAGAAAGAAAAUUAAAAAAUUCAAUUGCCAAAGAAUUGACAAAAAUUAAAAAUGACUUUCCGAUUUGGAAUACAAAAGAAAUCACACCCACAUCCAAAAAGCUCACGGAUCCUAUUUGGCACCAAACUUUCACAGCCGCUGGGACAUCUGAGCAGACAGAUGUGAAAAACGAUUGGAAUUCAAAAUUGGAAUCAAAUUGUCGUCGCAGUAGCAGUAAUACAUACGUGCAGGAGGUGAAUCGCGCUAUUUAUGGAGACACCACUGGUCAUCCACCGAAUGGAAGUGCUGAGUAUUUUCAAGCUGCACAAAACUAUGCCAUCUAUGGCAAAGAUUUUCUCGAUUUUCCUGAAAAUCUAACGCCACUACUUAACGACAAAGGUACAAAUACGCCACCGGAAGCAGUGCCAUUUGUUGCUGGCUACGGUAAUGGCUUAUAUCCAACACCACAAGUGCCGGAGUCAACAACUGGCAUAGGUUUUGCAAAUUUUAGUAAGCAAUCUACGGCCGCUAAUUCAGCCGCUGCAGCUGCUUAUUAUCAAAUGUGUAAUGGUUUGCAAGCUGCUUCCGUACGACCAGCUACUGGAAGUACUGCAUAUGGCAUGUUCCUCGGCAACAAAGUCACUUAUGUUGCGGCAGCUCCUGCUGCACCACCACUUGUCUACAAUCAACAUUCAUCCACUACAACAAACUUUAUUUCAAAUAGCUUAGCAAAUGCAGCACUUGCCUCCUCGCCUACCAUUUUAUACUCCAAUCCGAUGUUGACUACAACAACACAACAAUAUUUGAAUACAUUUUUCAAAGAGACUCAAUAUUUAAGUGGCGCCACAGCGCAAGGCCCUACUGUUGGUACAACUACAGGUAUUUAUGAGCGUUUGGUAUACGCACAGAUGUUGCAGCAGCAAAUCUAUCACCAAACACAACAGCAGGCUGCUGCUGUAGCAGCGAUGUUCCACAAAACUCGUUCAGCUCGUGCUGCCACAAAUGGAGGUGGAGCUGUCCCAAUUGCUUGUGCUCCAAAUUCGCCACCUCAAAAUGUGUCUUCACCAAAUAAGAUGUCAGGGUUGAAUUUAUGCGGACGGCAAGCAGUAAUGCCCACAAACCAAACGGAAAUGUUAGUGAAAUCCCCGCAAGUUCCGCCUCCAAUUGUUGCCAAUGGUAACGAAGAUAAUGCAGCUCCAAUGAACGAUUAGUGAGGGAUGCCUCCCAUGGAUUUCUUUAGUCUUCUUGUUGUUGUUUUAUUGUCUUCUCCUUUUUGUUGUUAUAAUUUAUCU